AUGACUAUCUGACCAAUCACAACAAGUUAAGCGUCAACACUUCCUGAUUCACACAACGCAUGUUGGUGUUCGUGCUACUGAGAUCAACGCGUUUACAGUUAUUUUGUUACAGAACAAGUUGGUCAUCAUGGCAAAGAGUAAAUCAUGUGAAUCAGAACCCAAAGGCAGUGGGUCCAAAAGGAAGAAGUUGAAUUCAAAUGAGAGAGAAGUCUGCAUUGAUGAAAACAUGGAAAGCAAAGUGAAAAAGAAUAGAAAAAAUACUUACAUUGAGGAGGCUCCUAUACCAGCUCCCACUGUGUCAAAGAAGACAUCAGAAGACGUGGGGACAAAUUCAAAGAAACACAAACAACCAGCAGAUGAUGCACAGAAGGAAAAGAAGGGGAAGAAGAAAAACAAAACAUCUGAGAUUCCUGAGCCAACCAUAGUCCCCGCUGCAGCAGAAGAUGAGGAGGAAGAUGAAGUGAUGGAGGGAGAGGAGGACUUGGGUCCAGAGGAGAGAAGAGUCCUCGAGAGGAAAAUGAAGAAGAUUCUGAAAAAGGAGCAAAAGGAUCAACUUAAAGCUGAAGGGAAGACGGAAGACAAAGAUGAGGCCUCCAAACCCAUUGCUCCCCAACAGGCGCUAGACUAUCUUACCUGUUGGGCUAAGAACCGUAAGGAGUGGAAGUUCCAGAAGACCAGGCAGACGUGGUUACUACAGCACAUGUUUGACUCAGAGAAGAUCCCAGAUGAGAACUUCUCUGUGCUUCUAUCGUACCUGGAGGGCCUGCGUGGGGGGGCCAGGGACACCACCGUGCAGAAGGCUGAGACAUUGGUCCGGGAGCAGGAGGGGGAGGGGGAACAGGACACAGAAGCCCAGCAGAGGACACAAAGAGCCAGGGAAAUCAUCCAGCUGCUUUCCUGACCAACCACCACCAUUAUUGUAGAUGACCAAUCAAAUACCACCACAGCCCCACCACCACACUCAAGGGGAAUAUUCAGUUCACUAGAAUUGUAUCUGCUGCUUCCUGAAUUAAUGCAGUAUGUGGUAUAUUCACUGUGUAUACAAAAUUAAUGGCAACCAUCCAUGGUUGCUGGGAUUUUGAUACCAAUAGAGGUUCAAAAAUGAAUUCCAUAUUAUGUUCACACUUCUGUUAAGUAUUGUGAUGUUGUAUGUUUUGUUAUGACAUGAUGUAAUGUGAAUAGAUCCAUGGUUUCGUGUAAUCAAACGUGUCAUUGGCCAGUAAAUGAGCCAUUUAAAGCUGCAAUAUGUAACUCUUUGGGCGACUACCAAAUUCAAUAGAAAUAUGUGUUAUAGAUCUGUCAUUUCCAGUGAAUGCAAGUCUAAGAAGCAGUAGAUCUGUUCUAUAAUAUUAUCUGUUCUAUGUGCGCUAUGUCUAUGCUUCCCGUGCUUAAGUUUAGGUUUUACUUUCGGUUUUGUACACCAGCUUCAAACAGCUGAAAAUACAAUAUUUUAGGUUAUGGAUAAUAUAUUUCACA